AUGAAAUCACAAAUUACAGCUGAGCUGUUAACUCUUGGUGACAAUCAGUCAGAGAUGAAUAAUUUUCUGGAUGAGAAUGAUGAUGAGUUUACCACACAUCCGUUGUACAAAAGUGAUAAGCCGAACAUUAAAAAGCUGAAAGUUAAGAAUUUGCGAGAGAAUGAGAAGCUGGAAACCUCCUUCGAUCUCACAUGGAAAUUUCUAGAAAAUAACCUAACAGCCAUUAUUCAUCAGAAAGAAACUACCAUUUCCUAUGAAUAUCUCUAUAAAACAGCUUCUAAUCUUUGCAAAGUAGACAACGAGGCUGUUCAGAAAAAGCUUUACGAGUUCAUUGAAAAGAACGUUACUUUGUUGCGAAAUCAAUUAUUGGAUCAGUCACAGACUAAUGUAUAUGGCUUUAUUGAGAACAUGGUAGCAAUCUGGCAGAAUUAUCAAUUACAGAUGAAGAUGAUUCGCAGUAUAUUCCUUCGCCUGGAAAGAGAAAGUGCUCCUGAUGAGAUAUCACCUGUCUGUGAUACAUUUCUGGAAAUCUUCCGGAAUUGCUGUCUUCAAUGCACUUUCUUAAAAACGAAAACGAUUUCGGAUUUUCUGUCAUUGAUCACUCGAGAACGAGAAGGAGCAGCUGUUGAUCGUUCUUUGAUCAAAUCCAUAUUUCAAAUGUUUGAUUGUUUACAGAUUUACCAUACGGAGUUGGAACGACCACUGUUGGAAGAAACCGAAUUAUUCUACCGCAAAGAAUGCGAAUACUCAUCUGAAGCCUACGAAGCAAUAGCUGAUCAAUACAUUUACCAUGUUGACAACUGUAUUCGUGCUGAGACGGAGCGCUUGAACUACUAUAUUAACGAUGAAAACAAAGUGGCAAUUAUACAAGUAACCGAACGCUGUUUAAUCUUACAACCUAUGUUUCUUAUAAUAGAUAAAGGUUUAAAGACUAUGAUAGACAGGAAUAGCCACACUCACCUGAAACUACUAUUCGAACUUUUAAAUCGCGUAGAAGACGGUCAGGAGGCUCUUACUAAUGGUUUUAUGACUUAUGUAAAGAAUUUUGGAAAAGAUCUUGUUAUUAACGCAGAAGUUGAAAACGUACUGAUCGAAGAGCUUCUUCUGUUCCGAGACAGAAUGAUGUUAAUAGUGUCGAAAUGCUUCGGAAACGCCGAAAAACUUAUCGAUGCUCUGAAAAAAGCGUUCAAUUAUUCUAUAAACACUCGAUCGAACAAAGUAUCUGAUUUCUUGUCAUGUUUCAUUGAUUCGAAAAUGAAAAACGCAAAAGAUGUGGAUGAUGACGAGCUAGACCACCUGAUGAAUCGAGUUAUAACUCUGUUCAGAUUUAUAGAGGGGAAAGAUGUUUUCGGAGCUUACUAUAGAAAGCAUUUAGCUCGAAGGUUGCUCAUGGGAACAAACAUUUCAGUGGAAGCAGAGAAGUCUGUCGUGAACAAACUGAAACUAGAAUGCGGAGAGGAGUUUACCUACAAAUACGAAGGAAUGUUCAGAGAUAUGGAAAUUUCUGAGCAGCUUUCUUCUGCUUUCCGCGAACAUAGAUUGCGUGGAGCAUCAUCUCACACGGCUUCUUCGCAUAUGGAGUUCUAUGUUAACGUGAUCACAACUGGAAGAUGGCCUACCUACAAAACUGUUCCCAUGGGUUUGCCAGCUCAGAUUACUUCAACAAGGCGAAUGUUCGAAGAGUUUUACCUAUCGAAGCACAAAGGACGUUCUAUACAGUGGGGUCAUUCUUUAGAACAUGGAGUAUUGACAGGAAACUUCCGAGAAAACUGCACCAAGGAAAUUGAAGUUUCGCUCAGUCAAGCGACUGUUCUUCUCAUGUUCAAUGAAUGCGAUGAGUAUACAACAGUAGGAUUGCACAACGCAACAAAAAUUGACCUUGAUGAAAUGAAAAAAACAUUGAAAUCACUUGCAUGUGGUAAAACGAGAAUUCUUCUGAAAACACCAAUGUCCAAGAAUAUUGAAGAUGACGACACCUUUGUGGUCAACAGUGAUCUCAAUGAACAACUUUAUCGGAUUAAGAUGAACAACAUUCAUGUUAAGAAAGUUAGAGAAAAAAACAAAAAUACUGAGCAGCAAGUACACCUGACUCGUCAGUUCCAAUUGGAUGCUGCCAUCGUUAGAAUUAUGAAGUCCAGGAAGGAAAUGACUCACGCACAUCUACUUGAAGAGUUGAAGAGUCAACUGAGAUUUCCGUUCAAAACUUCAGAAGCUAAGAAACGCAUUGAAUACUUGAUCGAAAGAGAUUUUCUUGCCCGAGACACUGAAGACUCAAACCUUUAUAAAUAUCUUUGA